UUUGAGCUUUCGUCGAGUUCGAAAAUAAAGCAGAAGCUGGCACCUUCUUAUCCUUGACCGACGACACUCCCCACGUUAAAUUGUACGCCUUCAGAGCAACUGGAUCUUAUUUAUCUUAGAUGAUCUUCGGUCCAGGAGAAAAUAGAACCAAUCCCAUCUGGUUGUUAACCUGUGAGCGCAGCUUUGAACUCAAUAAAAUUGGAGUAAUUUGCUUUGGAACACUCGCUUCUUUUUUACUCCUCUGUGUGUGUGUAUUUCCUCGUUAUCUUUUCUCUCUUUUCCUGGGAAAACCUCAGCUUCCACAGAUCACCGAGACCCAAAACUAAUAUUGCUACUCUGUUCUUCACCUUCUCUGCGCUUCUGAGAUUUCUUCAUUUGUGAGGUGUUAUACUCCCACAGAGAGAGAGAGAGAGAGAGAGAGAGAGAUGGAUAGGAAGGGUGUGAUGAUCUGUGGGGUUGUGGGGUUCUUGGGGCUGCUUUCAGCUGCGACGGGUUUCGCUGCCGAGGCCACCAGGAUAAAGGCUUCUGAAGUGCACCAGAUAAGUUCUACACAGUGUGAUUACCCACGUACUCCUGCUGCGACUCUAGGUUCAACAGCUGUGCUAGCUCUCACGGUUGCCCAAGUGAUCAUUAACAUGGCAACUGGGUGCAUUUGCUGCAGAAGAAACCCUCGUCCAUCAACCUCUAGUGGGACAAUUGCAGUUAUCUGCUUCAUUCUCUCCUGGAUCACGUUCAUCAUCACAUUCUUCUUGUUGCUAGGAGCAGCUGCGCUAAACAACCAGCACAGUGCAGAGAACACAUACUACUGGUACUAUAAUUGUUAUGUGGUGAAACCCGGUGUGUUUGCAGGAGGUGCCCUCUUGUCCCUUGCUACAGUUGCCCUCGGAAUCAUCUCAUAUCUCGCCCUGACUUCAGCCAAAAAUAACGCCGACCAAGGCUGGGGCAAUGUGCCUCUGCCUAAUCAAGGAGGUGUGGCUAUGGGACAUCCACAAUUCCCUCCUCAAACCGGUGCUGAUCCUGUUUUUGUACACGAGGAUACGUAUAUGAGACGGCAGUUCACAUGACGUGUAUGUGAAGAUCAUGGGGAUACGCCUCUCUGUAGGUGGCUGCCCACCGUCACGAUAAGAAGUGCAGCGUUUGCAAUCUGCUUUAAAGACCAUCUUUUAUGUGUAACGUUCACUGUCUAGGACAAUCCUUCAUCCUCUCUUUAUGUUUCUGUUUGAUAAGGAAACGGUAUACUGGCGUAGGCCUUAUUGCACGCCCACUUAUUUAGUGCAUCAUACAUUUUCUUGAUAGCGAAUUAGAUGGUUCGAGUGUAACGAUAUGUACAUGCACAGACGGUGUGAGACGUGGUCUAUCUAUCUGGAUGUGAUUCUCUGUGCGUGCUUC